CAUUCUUAAGUUAAGACACCGUGCUUAUCUUAUCACAAGUCCUCAAUCAGUUUGCCCUGAAACUUUAAAAAUAAUUCUAUUCUAUUUCGUCCAAAACCUAAUAACCAGUGCUUUCAUUGCUAAAAUUCACCGUCUACUUCCCCAAAAACAGCCUUAUCAUUCCUUUACAACCUCCUAUCUCUUCUUCAAUCCUAAGCUUACCAUUCUUCCAUUUUAUCUGUGCUCAAGCUUCUUUUAUUCUCUCCUGUUCUCUCAUUCUUACUCUCCUUCCUAUCCUUCGCUUUAUUUCAUAUCUCUUAUCUCUCUCAGGCUGUUCCUUGUUCACCUUCUCUGCUGGCUAUCUAGUCUUCAUGUCUUAGUCUAACAAUUUUUUGCGGCUUGUUAGGGGCUUUAAAUUAUGUACUGAACCAAUGGCUUGUAACGCUUCUGCUUUGUUUCUUCGCUUAAAAUUCCAUCUGUUUGGAGGCUGAGAGUCUUGCUCGGCUUGUUUUAUAGGGAUUAGAAGGGGAAGAAAGUAGAGACUUUAGUUUAGGUUGAUUUUGCACCAAAAUGAGACAGAAAAUGGAAUUUGUGGGUUGAGGUAGGGAGGAAUAAAGUAGAGGGGGUUUAGUGGGGGUAGUGAAUUGGUAUGGAGGUCGGGUUGUGAUUGGGCUUUAUGAGGCUUGAUUGAUUGGGAAGCAGAGUUUAAAAAUUCAGUUCUUUAGGCAGCAAAAUGUUUAGGUUAGGGCUUUUUGAGCUUUGUUGUUAAGAAUAAUUAUUGUUUUAAUCAUGAAUUUAAUAAAGAGCAGUUUUAUGCUUCUUGAGAAUUAUUGUUAAAGUCAAGAAAAACUGUUAUCAAGUUAGAAGUAAAUGAUUUAGCCAAAUAGUAUCAUGGAAAGAAAAUUACACUACAAGGGAACCAAUUUUCAACACAAAUACAAUGGUUUUACUUGAGAGUUAAAAUGGUUUUCUAUUCACCAUACUAUCGUAUUCUGUUCUUCAGAUCAGAAAUUUCCACCACCUGAUCGAAUUUUCUGUUUUUUUCUAUUUUCAUUCUAUCCGACCAAUAUCAAACCUUAUCUCUAUCAUUCCUCCGAUAUCAAGCCUCUCUUUCCUUUUUAUUUAUCCUCCCAUAUAACUCCAAAGCCCCUUCUAACCCACCCCUUCAUUCUUUUAGCUUUCUCUAACCCCCACCUCACUCCUAAAAUCUCUUUAUUCUCCUUAAAAUUUUUACUCUCUUAAAAUCACCUUAAGGCUUCCAAAAUCUUGUUCAAACCCUUUAAACUGUCAAACCCUUCUUCUAUUAUUCAAACACAUUUGUGAAACUUCCAUUUUAUUUAAACCCUCGCAUCCUUAUAAGAUUUUCAACCAUAAACCACUCUCUU